AUGGAUUUAGGACUUGUAGGAACAUUUCUUCUGGUAACCUGUAUUACUGUUCUGUUUUAUCUAUAUACAUGGUGGGGCAAAAUUAGGAAGGCAAAUUUGCCCCCUGGACCUAUGCCUCUGCCCCUGCUGGGAAAUAUUCUUCAAUUUAGCACCAAGGAAUUCCCCCGGUCUGUGAUUAAGCUGAGUGAGAAAUAUGGACCCGUGUUUACGAUUUAUCUGGCCAAAAGACGAGCAAUCAUGCUUAUUGGACACGACACGGUGAAGGAGGCUCUUGUUGAUCACAACGAUGAAUUUGGCAACAGGGGUACCUCAGACAUAUUGUAUUUGUUCACCAAGGAUUAUGGAAUGCUCUUUAGCAAUGGAGAGAGGUGGAAGACAUUGCGGAGAUUCUGUCUCAUGACAUUGAGAAAUUUUGGAAUGGGGAAGAGAAGCAUUGAGGAAAGAAUCCAAGAGGAAGUUCAGUGUCUUUCAGAAGUCUUUCAAAAAUAUAAAGAUACCUCUUUUGAUCCCGCAAAUAUAUUGAGAAAAGCUGUGUCCAAUGUGAUUGUCUCUAUUGUAUUCGGAGAAAGAUAUGAUUAUGAAGACAAGGCGUUUAAUGAUAUUCUGUCAAAUCUUAGAGAAAUCAUUGGGCUAUUGAAUUCAUCUUCUGGUUUGUUGUUCAGAAUUUUUCCGUAUGUAGCUAAAUGGAUCCCUGGACCUCACCAGAAAGUUUUCACAAUUAUGCAGCGGGUAAGAAAGUUUUUGAGAGAUCAGAAAAAUUCUCAUCAUGAGUCACUGGAUGCAAACUGCCCGAGGGACUUAAUAGACUGCUUCUUGAUAAGGAUGGCUCAGGAUAAAAAUAAUCCCAAUACAGAAUUCCAUGAAGAGAAUUUAUUGAUGACUAUAAUGGAUUUAUUCUUUGCUGGCACUGAGACCACAAGCCUAUCACUAAGAUAUGCCUUCCUGAUAAUGCUGAAAUAUCCAGAUAUACAAGAUAAGAUCCACAAAGAGAUAGACCGUGAGAUCGGCCAUGAUCGAUGUCCGUCAGUAGAGGACCGGAUUAAGAUGCCCUAUACAGAUGCCGUAAUCCAUGAAAUAUUGAGAUUCGGUGACACCGUGCCUAUGGGAGUUAUGCACACAACCAGUCAAGACACGACCUUCAGGGGAUAUGACAUUCCUAAGGGUACCGUGGUUUUCCCUGUACUGACCUCUGUCCUGAAGGACCCCAAGUACUAUAAAAAUCCCCAAACAUUUGAUCCUGAACAUUUUUUGGAUGAGAACGGCUGCUUUAAAAAGAACGAUGCAUUCAUGGCAUUCUCUGCAGGUAAACGCGUGUGUGUGGGGGAAGGUCUUGCUCGCAUGGAACUCUUUCUCUUCUUCACCACCAUAUUGCAGAAGUUCACACUAAAGCCAACAGUGAACAAAAAGGACAUUGAUAUAUCUCCAGAGCCAGGAAGUAAUGGUACCAGACCCCGCCUUUACCAGAUGUAUGCUGCGUCUCGCUCAAAACCCUAGAUGGACUUGUUAUUCUGGCAACAUAACUGUGACUGGGCCUGAAGUGCUCCAGAGUCCAUGGAGGUAGUAAGGAAGCUGACCUGGCGGAGGCACUCAGUCGGAGUACAUGAGCUCUGUCAUAAUGACCUUCCCAAUCUCUAUGGAAACUCUGCAAACAAAGAUCAUAGAUAUUGCAAUUG